UGUACUGUGUGGUUAUCGUGAUGUGAGAUAAUUACACUUUCAGUACAUGUGCGAACGCUGCGAAAAACCAGCUGCCGCGUACAACCUUAUACGGUUUAUACAAUUCCAUUUGUAUCGGAACAGAAUCGUAUUAUUUCCACAUAGACGCGUGCUAACAUGGUUAACGGAAGUUGCCUUUUCUUUGUCCUGGCAUUGGCAUUUGUUUGCUGUGCUUACCACACGGACGCUCAAAUUUACAAUUUAUACAGAAAUCUGGAAGAACUGUGCAACGGAAAUCUGACGGUGGACUGUCCUGACUCCUUUAACGGCCGAGCCGGUACCUUCCGCUUUUACCUGAUCACGAGGCUCUCUCCGGGGCUGUGCUCCGUGAACGUGACAUUGGCUGAAAACUGCGGUAGAACUCUGGAAUAUUACGCAUUCUAUUUCAAUUUCCGUAAAUUCUUCCUUCCAACCAAUGACCGCGUCAGGCUCUAUCAAAUUACCCGCUAUGGAACGGUGAAUAUUCUCAAAGAAUUACGCGGUAGCGUAUCGGGAUACUCGGAUCCGGCAUCCGUGGCCCAAGCGAUGACAUCAUACGGCAAACAGCCAGCGUUUACCUUCGAGUACUUCCGCAGUGCAUCACCGGCCAGUGGAUCCCAUGAAGCGUUUAUCGAUUUUGUAGUUGUGGAAGAUACCUACCACGCCAUGAAUAGCCGCUGCGCAGCCUUAUCGGGUUACGUGAAUGAUCAUUUCAUCUGCGAUACGGACGGAGACACUAAUCGUGUCAACUGUCCAUCCAGCUUUUCGCCCAGUACUACGGGAUACAAUCCGGCGUAUUCGCGGCAGUGCGGGAACCGGCCAACGACGUCUUAUUAUACAACCACGCCCUACUACUGGAAUACACAGGGCAACUAUGACUAUGAUUAUGGCUUGAGCUCCGGAGCCAUUACGGGAAUCGUGAUGGGAAGUGUCUUCUUUGUCGUCUUCCUCAUUGCCGUUAUUUCCGCCGCUUGUUCGGCCAGCAAAAAGACAUCUCCCAGCCGUCCUAUCGUGCUAACAACGACAAGCGGCACCGCGCUCACCAGUCGGCCCGUUGUUGUCGGUGCUCCUGUUCCGGCUGCCGGGCCGACUCCACCUUUUAUGAGUGCGCCACCUUCAUACGAAGAAGUCACUGCAUCGCCGGCACACGUCAGCGUUCCUAUGCCCCAGCCACCUGUUCCCAAAUUCUAAUUAUUGUGAUUGCGCAUCAGCUUGCAAACUGAACUAUCUGUGAUAUAGCUUAUUAUACAGCUGUUUAAGAUUACAAAACUUUAUAGCGCGCGGUUUUUCGAUGUGCAAAAUCUGUGCGCUUUUUUUGUGUGCAUGGGAUCCGCUGAGCGUCUGCAAGUUUUCCGCCAGCUGUUCCGACCUGUUCCCUCUCGAAAGUUUCGUAGUAGCUAAAAAACCGUGGCAAUUUGUAGAGCGACUCCUCAUUGACUUCUGCGGGAGUAGUUCUGGACGUGAAAUUAGCAUAUUGUGCGGAGGCAGGACUUUUUCAUGUAUCAUUUUUCCAUUCGGCCAUUUUUUCAUUCUAUAAAAAGCCGGCUCCAUGGAAGCGGAAAUGCGUCUGCUUUAAAGCAAUGAAUGCGCGAACCAUUUGUUUAAUUGGCGACGGCUGGUGUGGCGACGAGCAUGACGGGAUGUAUGAAUCUGAUGACGGCACGAUUCUGCAGUAUGCCGUCAAAUUGCCGGAUGGCCGGGCUCGAAUGCGCAUGCGUAGGUGAUUAAUGGUGGUGUGACUGAUGCUGUCAUUGCCAUCCAGCUUUGAUCAAUUGUCGCAGGAAGUGGCCCAAGUGGCCUUUGCCGAAUGAAUCGGUGGAUGAUUCAAAGAGCAAAAUUUACUAAGUAUUAAGUAAGGUGCAAGAUUAGUGUUCCGAGUUUAAUAUGAAGGGUUUUACUAACCAAGUCAUUCUUUUCUGUAACACGUCUGUUGGAUAUGCUGCUAGAAGCCUACAAAAUCCGCACAGC